AUGAACGCAAGUGGCACCGGGUACCCCAUCGCGUCCCUCUACGUGGGCGACCUGCACCCCGACGUGACCGAGGCCAUGCUGUACGAGAAGUUCUCAGUGGCGGGGCCCAUCAUGUCCAUCCGCGUCUGCCGCGACGUGGCCACGCGCCGCUCCCUGGGUUAUGCCUACAUCAACUUCCAGCAGCCUGCAGACGCUGAACGAGCCUUGGACACCAUGAACUUUGAGGUAAUCAAGGGCAAGCCCAUCCGUAUCAUGUGGUCCCAACGGGAUCCGGGGCUCCGGAAAUCAGGAAUCGGCAACAUCUUUAUCAAGAACUUGGACGACUCCAUUGACAACAAGGCGUUGUAUGACACCUUCUCUACCUUUGGGAACAUCCUCUCUUGUAAGGUGGUGUGUGAUGAGAAUGGCUCCCGAGGAUUUGGCUUCGUCCACUUUGAGACUCAGGCGUCUGCAAGCCAAGCAAUCAGCACUAUGAACGGGAUGCUGCUUAAUGAACGGAAAGUUUUCGUGGGCCACUUCAAGUCUCGGCAGGAACGGGAGGCAGAGCUGGGGGCACGAGUGUUGGAAUUCACCAACAUCUAUGUCAAAAACUUCAAGGAAGAUGUGGAUGAUCAGUGCCUUCAGGAGCUCUUCUCCCAGUUUGGAAAGACCCUAAGUGUGAAGGUGAUGGUCGAUGAACAUGGCUAUUCCCGAGGCUUUGGUUUUGUCAACUUUGAGAAGCAUGAGGAAGCUCAGAAGGCUGUGAGUGGCAUGAAUGGGAAGGAGCUCGGGGGUCGAGUCCUCUAUGUUGCCCGGGCCCAGAAGAAGGCAGAGAGGCAGAGUGAGCUGAAGCGUAGAUUCGAGCAGAUGAAGCAGGAGAGAGUGAACCGCUACCAGGGUGUGAACCUGUAUGUGAAGAAUCUGGAUGAUGUCAUAGAUGAUGAGAAGCUGCGGAAGGAGUUCUCUCCAUAUGGCGUGAUCACCAGUGCCAAAGUGAUGACAGAGGGUGGCCACAGCAAGGGGUUUGGCUUUGUGUGUUUUUCCUCCCCAGAAGAGGCUACGAAGGCCGUGACAGAGAUGAAUGGGCGAAUUGUUAGCACCAAGCCCCUCUAUGUGGCUCUGGCCCAACGCAAAGAAGAGCGGAAGGCCAUCCUCACCAACCAGUACAUGCAACGCAUCUCCAUCCUCCGGAACAUGAAUGGCCCCAUCUUUCCCCAACCCACCAAUUACUUCCUGCCUGCCAUCCCCCAGGUGACUGCAAUCUUCCAGUCUCCUACCCGGGCAACCUUCUAUGGUCCCAGCACCGUGGCCCCCAUUCAGCCUGCCCCAAGGUGGAACAGCUUUUCUCCUAGGACUUCGUCCACACCCCGGCGGUCCAUCUCCAACAUCAGUACUGUCCGUCAGGCCUCUACUCAGGUGCCCCGGGCAGGGCCCCAGACGCAAAGAGUGGUCAAUAUUGGGACCCAGACUAUGGGGACUGGGUGUCCAGGCUCCCCGGGCCACGCCUUCACCCAAUACAAGUACUCCUCAGCUGUGCCUAGUGCACAUCAGGUCAUGGAGCCAGCUGUGCAUAUCCAAGGGCAAGAGCCUUUAACUGCAUCUAUGCUGGCCUCAGCCCCACCCCAGGAACAGAAGCAGAUGCUUGGUGACAGACUCUACCCACUCAUUUAUGGGAUACAUGCUCAGCUGGCUGGCAAGAUCACCGGCAUGCUGCUGGAGAUUGACAACUCAGAGCUGCUGCUAAUGCUGGAGUCUCCAGAAUCCCUCCAUUCCAAGAUUGAAGAAGCAGUUGCUGCACUCCAAGCACAAGAGGUCUCGGAGCUGCCCAAGACAUAUGUGCACUAA